UGUGGCUCCCUGCUCUGGCCUUAACAAGCAUUGCCGCUCUUAAAUAAUAGAACAAAACUGUGGAUUUUACCUUGGGAUCUGGAUUUACUCACGGACAUGGAUUCAUUCACGGAUUAUGUGAUUGGAUUAUAAAGACACGCCGAUAAAACGAGUCCUGGUCCACCACAGUGAGAUAAAAGGACAGGAGCAAGGAAGUCCUCCAGCUGCGUCAUGAGAAUGAAGAUGUCUGAAGCCGGAAGUUAAGGCCCCCCCACCAGACAAGAGCGUCUUCCAGGGCUGGGGCUGGACCAGAGACCCCUUCCCUGGGGGGUGAAGGGCCCUCACAGCCCUGUGUGAGCCCAGACCAUGGGGGAUGGAGGUGCCAGUGCGACUGGAGGAGAUGGGGUGAACAAGUCCCAUGUCUUGUUCGACAACUUCGUCCAGGCGACCACGUGUAAGGGCACGCUCAAGGCCUUCCAGGAGCUGUGUGAACACCUGGAGGUAAAGCCCACUGAGUCCAGAAUCUUCUAUCACAAGCUCAAGUCUAAACUCAACUACUGGAAGGCCAAGGCGCUGUGGGCGAAGUUAGACAAGAGGGCGAGCCAAAAGGAGUACAAGAAGGGCCGUGCCUGUGCCAACUCAAAGUGUCUGAUCAUUGGGGCGGGACCAUGUGGCUUACGUACCGCCAUCGAACUGGCCUUCCUCGGGGCCAAAGUGGUGCUGCUAGAGAAGAGAGAUGCCUUCUCCAGGAACAAUGUGCUGCACCUCUGGCCCUUCACCAUCCAGGACCUUCGGGGCCUUGGGGCCAAGAAGUUCUACGGAAAGUUCUGUGCUGGUGCUAUCGAUCAUAUCAGUAUUCGUCAGCUUCAGCUCAUGCUGCUAAAAGUGUCUCUCCUGCUGGGCAUUGAGAUCCACGUCAAUGUUGAGUUUAAGGGUCUUAUUGAGCCUCCAGAAGAUCAAGAAAGUGAAAGGAUUGGCUGGAGGGCUGAGGUCCACCCGAGGACACACCCUGUCAAUGAGCUGGAGUUUGAUGUCAUCAUCGGAGCGGACGGAAGGAGAAACACGCUACCAGGGUUUCGGCGUAAAGAGUUCAGGGGGAAACUCGCCAUCGCCAUCACGGCUAACUUUAUCAACAGGAACACGACAGCUGAAGCGAAGGUGGAAGAGAUCAGCGGGGUGGCCUUCAUCUUCAACCAGAAGUUCUUUCAAGACCUCAGAGAAGCAACAGGUAUUGACCUGGAAAACAUUGUCUACUACAAGGAUGACACGCACUACUUUGUGAUGACUGCCAAAAAACAGAGCCUGCUGGAGAAAGGAGUCAUUCUGCAUGACUACGCGGACACAGAGCUGCUUCUGUCUAGGGCUAACGUGGACCAGGCUGCGCUGCUGUCGUACGCCCGUGAGGCCGCCGACUUCUCCACCAACCACCAGUUACCCACGCUGGACUUUGCCAUCAACCACUACGGCCAGCCCGACGUAGCCAUGUUCGACUUCACCUGCAUGUACGCCUCAGAAAACGCCGCCAUGGUGCGCCAACGCAACGGACACAAGCUCCUGGUGGCGCUUGUGGGUGACAGUCUCCUAGAGCCCUUCUGGCCUAUGGGCACUGGCAUCGCUCGAGGAUUCCUGGCAGCCAUGGACUCUGGCUGGAUGGUGAAGAGCUGGGCUCAGGGAAAAACUCCUCUGGAGGUUCUGGCUGAGAGGGAGAGUAUUUAUCGUCUACUGCCCCAGACCACGCCAGAGAAUGUCAGCAAGAACUUCAGUCAGUACAGUGUGGAUCCAACAACACGUUACCCCAACAUUAGCCUUAACUUCCUCAAACCCAGCCAGGUGAGGCAUCUCUGUGACACGGGAGAAACGAGGGAAAUGCGCAUUGAGAUUGAGAACGUGAUCAACUCCUCCACUCCCAAGCUGGCCAGGAACGACAAUUUUCUGCUUGACAAGCAGUUGCAAGAAUCCAUAGCUAGAUCCAGUAAGCUGCUGAACUGGUGCCAGAGGCAGACGGAGGGAUACAGGAAUGUGAACGUGACAGACCUCACCAUGUCCUGGAAGAGCGGCCUGGCUCUGUGCGCCCUCAUACACCGAUACAGACCUGAUCUCAUUGACUUUGACUCCCUGGAUGAGCGAGACCAGGAGAAGAACAACCAGUUGGGCUUCGACGUGGCCGAGCGAGAGUUUGGCAUCUCGCCCUGCAUGACUGGCAAAGAGAUGUCGUCUGUGGUGGAGCCAGACAAGCUCUCUAUGGUCAUGUACCUCAGCCAGUUCUACGAGAUGUUUAAGGACACGGUGCCACCUGGAGAUAACCAGAACUUAAGUCCUGAGGAGAAGGCUGCACUGAUAGCCAGCACCAAGUCUCCCAUCUCCUUCCUCAGCAAACUUGGUCAGAGCAUAGCCAUUUCCAGGAAAAGAAACCCCAAGGAUAAAAAGGAGAAGGAAGUUGAUGGUUUGGGGAAAAGAAGAAAAACAAGCCAGACUGAAGAGGAGGAAGUAUCCAGGAGCGGCCGUGAGGACAGGCCAGCCAUCCUGCAGGAGAGAAAAAUGGACUCCUGUGCUGGGGGGAACCACAACAAAGUCAAGGUCAUGGCUACCCAGCUGCUCGCCAAGUUUGAGGAGAACGCCCCGCAGCCUUCAGGACUUAAGAGACAGGGCUCCCUCAGAAAAGAGUUCCCAGUCAACAUCGGCGGCAGCGACGUCUGCUACUUCUGUCGUAAACGUGUAUACGUGAUGGAGCGACUGAGUGCCGAGGGGAAGUUCUUCCAUCGCAGCUGCUUCAAGUGCGACUACUGUGGCACCACGCUACGCCUGUCCUCCUACGCCUUCGAUGUGGAGGAUGGGAAGUUUUACUGCAAGCCUCACUACUGUUACCGUCUGUCCGGCUAUGCUCAGAGGAAGAGGCCUGCUCCCUCACCAGCUCCAAUCCCUGCUAAGGAGAACCAGGCGCCCAGAUCCCCCACAGUGACCAUAGAUGCUCCCGGCAGGGCGAUGGCAGCCGCAGCCCCCUCAGCUGAGCUCCAGCCCUCAGUGCCGGAGGUUAACGGCCUGCAGGAGCCCAGCAUGGCCAAGCGUCUGCGCGGAACUCCGGAGCGCAUCGAGCUGGAGAACUACCGUCUGUCCCUGCAGAGGGAGGAGGAGCUGGAGGAGGUGCCGGAGGAGACGCUGGCAGAACACAACCUCAGCAGUGUGCUGGACAAGGCCACGGACGCAGACCUGGGCUCCAGCAGCUCAGAGUCAGACAUGGAGGAGGAGGACGAGCAGGAGGAUCAAGAUCAAGACCAGGAUCAGGAUCAGGAGGAAGUGGAGGUGGAGCACCAUCCUGCCAGCCCUUCAGACCUCGGCGGUGUCCCCUGGAAAGAGGCGGUGGAGAUCCACGCCAAACUGAGGGGCGAGGACGGGGAGGGUGAUGCUCUGGGUGACGCUGCCAGCAGAGACGGGGAGAUAGACGAAGAAGAGGAAGAGGAGGAGGAAGAUGAUGAGGAAGAAGAGGAGGAGGAGGAAGAGUCGAGUGAUGAGGGGGAUUACUGCCCCUGGGAUAGAGAGCUCCAGUCAGGCCUUUGGCUGGAGAAGUACCUCACAGAUGAAGAGGAUGUUGGUACAUUCAAAGCCAGGAACCUUCAGAUCCAACAAGCCCUGCAGCCGGUGGAUCCCCAGACCAUCCCAGGUUUGGUGAGAACACACCCGGACUCUGAGGGAGAAAAGGAAGGCCAGCCGGCCUCGGCCUCCCAACUCUCCCAACCCUUCCACCCCUCUGAGCUCACGCAGCCCUCCUCCACAGGUAACCCCCCAACAGAGGAGUUGAACACCUGGCAGACCCCUCUGACUGAAGCUGUAGGGAGGUUUCUGUUCCCCCAGUUUGGCUGCUGCUGUUCUGUUAGUCCGUCUGUGUCUGUGGCAGGAGGAGACCCUCCCCAACUAACCCCCUUUGUUGUUCAUAAUCGUCUGAUUUUGUACAUUUUUGUCAUUUUAUUUGGAAUGUCUAAUUUUGUGUUCAAUCUUUUAAUUUGUCGUUCAGAGUCGCUGUCGGUCCUCUGGGGUGAAUUUAAAGCUCUUCAGCGCCAUCCCAGUGCACCAUAUAACCCCUUUGUCAGUUCUUUUGAUUUUGUUCUGCUUUGUUCUUUUGUGUUCUGCUAUUUUCUUUCCCAUGUGUCUAAUUACUCUACUGUUAUUUCCCUGCCAUCCUUCCCUCGUUGUUCUGUAUCCUCUGGUUUGAACGUAGCCCCCGCCCACACAUCCGCCCGACACGAGGCAGUGAGAGUCUGGUUGGAGUCCUUGUCUGGAGAGCCCUGUGAGGAUGAAGAUUUGGAGGCAGAAGCAGACAGUCCAGAUAUGGAGCCCGGUACAGAGAUGGAUCAAGAUGACAUCCCAUCAGAUGCAGAAGCUGAGGCUCGUUUGCAUCAGUCAGAGCGUCCUGAAGUUCUUCCUGAGGAAGACAAGAAGUCAGACAGCCUGAGGAUGACCUCCAGUAUCGAGCCAUCCAGUGUCAGCCCCACACAACAUGAGGAUGUUCUUUCCUCUCCACUCAAGCCGUCUCCAGAGACAGAAGCACAGACGACACCUGUGAAGUCUCCAGGCACCCGCUUUUUCCCCGAGCCGUUUAUACCCGAGGAGCCGAAGCCCGAGAGGACGACUCCCUCUGAAUCUCCUGCUGCAAAGAGCCCACUGAGACUCUCACCUGCCCCACUCCAGGAUGUGAAUUCUCUAUCUUCACCCCUUCAAGUCCAGAAUCCUCCUUCUUUACCUUCGCCCAUCCCAGUUAAGGAUCUUUCCCCUGUCCUGCCUCCUUCUCCUGCUGCCCCUCCUGCACCAUCUCCUUCAAGCUCAACCACCAAAUCUCCGGUCGUUUCUCCAGUCCAGCCGCCAGUCGAAACACCUGCAAAAUCACCAAUCUGCUCUCAGCCCGCCCCCUUACCGGAGUCGCGCACACCUAGGUCCCCCAUCUACCCUCACCGCUCUAUCUGCCCGCUCACAGGAAACCCGCUCUCACCAAUCUGUGCUCAGCCUCUGCCCUGUCAGGAACCGGCGUCGCCUCUCACCUCCAACUCCCCCGUUAGGACGCAACCUGUCCCCGCUGUCACUUCAACGCCCAUGAACAAAACGGAAAAAGGCACACCUGAGCCGUCUAAGAUGACAGAAUCUUCAACAGAGGAGACGCCGUCUAAGAAAACAGAUAUCAUCGAGGAGUUUUGGUUAAAGAGCGCUGAGAUCAGGAAAAGCCUCGGUUUGACUCCUCUGGACCGCAGCAGUAAAAUCCUGGAUAAGAGUGUCGUAAAGACGCCCCAGCAGGACGUCACCCCUGCAAAAGCACAGCCUCCAGAGGUGCCUGAGGAGCAGAAACCUGCCUUCACGGGCCGGGCCGUCAUCCGCAGACUCAACAUUACUCUGGAGGGUCAGGUCAUCACGCCACUUGCUCCCGCUGAGCUCAAGAGUAACGGUUCUGAAAAGAGGGAUCUCAGCAGCAGCUCAGGACUAGGGUUAAAUGGAAGCAUGGUCACGAGUCAGACGGUAAACAGUGACAGCUACAACACGUCAGACUCAGCCAUGCUCACACCGCCCUCCAGUCCGCCACCACCUGUGCCUGCCAAUCAGUCUCCAGCUGUGCUCCGACAGCAGAGACACCAGGUAUCGUGGAGAAAUGGGACAGAAAAACCUCCACCUGAGCCUGCCAAAGAGCCGGCAAAAGCCAAGACUCCUGUUCCGGCGCCUAGGACACAGCUGAGCCCCGUGUCAGCACCCAAACCUGCACCCAGGAAAGUCUCUUCACCUCAGGCGGAACCAGAACCAGAGCCAGAACCAGUUGUCAUCAUGAGGGAGAAGAAGAAGCCUCGGCAGGAGGAGUUCAGGAAGUCGUUUGUGGAGACGGUAGAGGAGAUUCCAUUCGCUGAUGACGUGGAGGAGACCUACGAUGAUCGGACACCAGAUUCAAGCAUGAACAACUAUUACACUCCGCCCACCAGCAAGCCCAGCAAAGACAGACCUCCUCUGCAUCUCGCCCUUGCAAUGGAAAAUGGUAAACCUAACAUCCCUGCAAACCCAGCCUCCAAGACCCCGAGGGCAACUCAAUUCUCUCCAGAGGCCAAAGAGAUCGCCGAAGAGAGAAUGAGGGCCAGAGAGAAGUCCAUCAAGAGCCAGGCUCUGAAAGACGCCAUGGCCAAGCAGAUAAACAAAAUGAAAGAAUCAGACUCAGACAAGGGGGCCUCACCUAAAGUGGCCUGGACCGUCACCCCAGACACUUCUAAAAAAAGCAAAAAGGCCACAUCUCCAAAAACAUCAGCGGUGAAAGCUCUGGAAUCAAAGAAGGCAGAGACUCUACCGGAGCGUUUCUUCAGCAGCAACAAAAGUCUGGACAGCUCGGUGGCUUCGUCCGACGGCUCCUCCUCCAGUAAGAGCAAGAAACGAAGUUCUCUGUUCUCACCACGCAAAAAUAAGAAGGAGAAGAAAGCCAAGAACGACAGCAGCAGGCUAUCCAGCACAGAAGAGACGCCACCGAAACACAAGUCGCUGUGGAAGGCUGUCUUCUCAGGGUACAAGAAGGAUAAAAAGAAGAAGGAUGACAAAUCAUGUCCAAGCACGCCAUCUUCAAGCUCCACCACUCAGGACUCUGGGAAGAGGAGGAUGUCACCUCUUGGGAAGUCAUCAGACUUGAAAUCCCGCAGAAACUUGAGCUUCUCUGAGGACUCAGACCUGUCCUGCGAUGACGUUCUGGAGAGAUCCUCCCAGAAGUCCAAGGCAGAUUCUGUUUAUGUACCUCACGCUCUGGCGUUCAAGAGAUCGUACGCCACAAAGAAAACCUACACAGAAGAGGAGCUGAACGCCAAGCUGACACGGCGGGUCCAGAAGGCUGCACGAAGACAAGCCAAACAGGAGGAACUCAAGAGACUGCACAGAGCUCAGAUCAUCCAGAGACAGCUGGAGCAGGUGGAGGAGAAGCAGCGGCAGCUUGAGGAGCGUGGCGUCGCUGUGGAGAAAGCUCUGAGAGGGGAAGCAGUUGAGCCCUUUGUGGGGAUGCCUCGACGAAGACCCCUCUCCUUCUGCCCCUGCUGUUCCCCUGAAGGCAUGGGCAAGAAGGACGAUCCCAAACUCAUGCAGGAAUGGUUCAAACUGGUGCAGGAGAAGAACGCCCUGGUCCGCUAUGAGUCUGAGCUCAUGAUAUUUGCCCGAGAGCUGGAGCUGGAGGAUCGACAGAGCCGCCUGCAGCAGGAACUCAGGGAGCGGAUGGCUGUGGAAGACAACCUGAAAACAGAGAAGGAGCUCGCUCAGGAGAAGCAGAUCCUGAAUGAGAUGUUGGAGGUGGUGGAGCAGCGGGACGCCCUGGUGGCUCUUUUAGAGGAGCAGAGGCUCCGGGAAAAAGAAGAGGACAAGGACCUGGAGGCUGUGAUGCUUUCAAAAGGUUUCAACCUCAACUGGGCCUAAGCGGAGUGUUGAACAUGUUUAUCAAGUCCUGGGAAGGAAACAGACUAAUGGUCGACCUCGAUCGGAGUAAUCUGCUGAACACCCACAGCAGUGAAUGUGUACAGAUUCCCCCAACAUGAACGCUACGACUGUACCGGACGUUGAAACAGUCUGUUUACAUAUCCUCUGCCCAAAGGGAGGCAGCCCCGGUUAAUCACUUUGCAGUUUUCUUGCUCUCUUUCUCUCUGUCUCUCUCUGUGGGUGGAGAGGCGAGCACAUUCACAGCUUUAUCAUCCCAGCCUUGAUGUGGAUCCUCUAAAACGAGGAGGGGGCUUUGGGAGAAUGUUUAAAGACUUGUUUCAUUCUCGAUUGUCUAAAGGGAAGAAUGCAGUUAAGUCCUGCUGAUGUAAAGGAAUUGUAAAGAAUCGUGUUUUUGUGUAUAGUUGUGUAGAACAAGUCACAUAUUCAGCAGACGAGGAUCCUCUUUUUCUAUCCCCCUGAAGGACUGUACAAAGGUGCGUUUAAACGCUGGAGUCGUGUCUCCAGUCUCAAUCUCAGCUUUUCAUUUUCACUCAGACUGCAGGAAGAACAUCCUCUGCUGAAGCUGCCUUUCUAUCAGUUACAAACAUAUUCACGAACCACUUAAACAGGGCUCCUUUUACUCCUCUAUCAGUACGUUUACAUGCAGUUAGACUAAGUCAAAAUAUUGUGUUAAUCCAACUAAAAACUGGACCUUUUAGAUGCAUGUAAACAUGUUAGUCCAGCUGAAAUCAUGCUAAAUGGAAUUCCUUGGAAACUGAUGAACAGCUAGAUAUCAUGGUUGGACAUUGGUUUACGCUUGCGUGUAUACGCCUCAAUCAGAUCCAAACUGGACUAGGCCUUCUGCUUUGGGCUUUGACCUAGCAGCAUAAAUGCUAAACAUGCAGAAGUCACAUUUUCACCUCCCUUUGGAUAUCACCAUGAGCUAAGAGGAUAACAUGCUUUGCAUUUGCACCAGAAAUGGGCGUAGGGUAUGCAUAAUGUUUAAAGAGCUGCAGAAUUGUUUCCAACUUGCAACCGAUCAGCUGCUUGCUGACUUGUUUGCAAGGUCAACUAGCUGUAAGGUGGCAUAUCACUUCCUAGUGUAGCUGGGUUGGAUGUACUUCCAUCAGUAUAUCAAUCUUCCCAAAGGUGCAUGUGCAGACCUUUUGCAGCCAUGUCACUUACAUGGCAUCACUCAGUACUGUGAGCGACAGGAGUGCUAGUUUUAACCUUAUCCUUAAAUUCCAUCAGCAAAGACCCCUGGAGGUCAAAGAGCUAACACAGCUCCAGGGAUGAAAAAGAGUUAAAAUUAUGAGUUAGAAAACCACGGGAUAUUAUCUGAUACCUCGCAUUCUUUCUAGAAACAUAAAUCCUUCAACUUCCUAAGGUACUCACCCAUGGUGGAAGCAACAAAAAAACAGAAUAAAAUCGAAUACACCUCAGAAAAAGGAAGAAAUUCAUCAUUAGCAUACUGUUCUCAUAUCGGACUAAUCUCAAGCUGCUCAGGGCUGCACUCUACUGCACAGAAAUAUAUCCAGUGGACAAGGGUGCACGUCAUAAGUUGGAGAAAACUGCAGCGUGCAUACAACGCUGCAUUCAAGAAGUAUGUGGAAUAUGUGGGUGAGGCUACUGUGCAUUUUAGCUAACAGUUAAGUUGACAAUUCAUCUGGGAGCUGUUAAAGUAAGAGAAAGUCACAUAAUGGAAACAGCUUACUUAACACAAAUGUCAGAGAUGGUGUCAAAGGAGCUGAGUCUUCUCAAAGGCACUAAAAAAGCUAAGAAAUCCGUAAAGAUUGGGCUAAAAGAGCAGUUUUCCUGCACAAACAAAAGCCUAAAUGUCUCAGUAGCUCUCUACAUUGGUGAAUUUUUGUAAAGCUUUUUAUUGAAACUUCAAAAUAUGUCAACAUUUUUCUACACACAGAGGCAUUCACAAGCACUCUUCUGUUUCAGCAUCUCAUUCGGCUGAAAGUGAGCACUAAACGGGGUGACGUUUCUAGCCGUAAUGCUGACAUCUGCGACCAUCAGAGGUGGAAAACGUACAAGACUAUCACACUCAAGUAAACGUAUAUUCACUCUGGUUAAAACUGACUUAAGUAGAUGUAAAAGUACAAGUCUAUAUCAAGUAAAACUGAACAGUAAUUCAUUUAAAGUUUACUCAAAGGACUGAGUGGAUAAUUUUGAUACCAAAGUGGCUUGUACAGUAAAAUAUGAUCUUUCCUUAACGUCCAGUAAUUUCAAUAGAACAUGAAACCCAACCAGGUCGUCUAAUUUAAGGAUUGACUUUGACCCAAAGUAAAAUUCAACAGUUGUUUUGAAGGGAAAUUUGGAUUAAUUUUCCAAAUAUGUGCGACUGACUUUCAUGUGAUUUCAAAGCCAAACUACUGGCCAGUUUAGCGCUCAUGUUUUUACUCAGUACUCGAGAAGUAAAAGUAAAGAAGUAAAAUCACUGAUUUGAAAAAAAGUACCCCAAAAAGUCAAAAAACACAGAAUAACUACUUUUGUGUUCUUAUAUAUAAUAACAUGAGUUAAUGUAAUUAGCAUUUAUGCUAAAACUCCUGUUUUCCCCCGCCCACCUCCUGUGAUGAAACUCCAGUAAUACUAAUACUCCCACUGUACUAUGAAAAGGCUAAAUCAUAAACACAGAAUCAUGUUUUGUAUAUUUGUCUGAGGAUGCCACAGUUGCCAGAUUGUGUAUGAAUUAUGUGACUUGCACACAAUGCACAUCCAGAUAAAAUUUUAACUCGUAUGUCCCUGUGACCUGGCAACCCAAGACCUGAUUCAAGGGUGAGCCAGAUGCCAAAUGUUUCCAGUUGUGCUAAAAUGUUAUGUGAAUGUUGUCAUAUGUUGAAUUUUAGAGGGAAAAAAAACAUCAUUUUAUAGUUAAUCCCCCUGUUAUGUUAAAACCUGGGUAAUCAAAAGUGAAGUAGAAAACGUCUCUGUCAUUUUGUUAAGGCAUUAUUAGACAGUGAUGAUGACACCAGUGUGAAAAUUCAAGUGGGAAAACCAGACAAUGAAAUAGGACCAAAUGGUUAUUUCUUUUCCUUCACAAAAGGAAACACAAUUUCUUGACAAAUAAGUGUAUAAAAUGCACCUGAAUAGGGCUGGGCAAUUAAUCAACCUGAAAUUUGUGUCAAAAUAGCAGUUUUAUUUAUUUAUUUAUUUUUUUUUUGCAGCAGUUGUCAUGCCUGACAUAUCAUGCAAUUAUUCAGAUGCCAUUUUUUUUUUUUUAGAGUAGUCUACAAAAAAAUCCUACCUUCUUCAUUUUUGUACUUUUUUGUUGUUAAAUAUUAGAAUGACAAAAAACCUUUAAUGCAACAAUUAAUAUCCAAUUUGCAAUAUGUGGCAAAAUCAUCAGCAAGGCUCUGUCUGCUCUGAGGUUGUCAAAAUUAGAUUUGCGAAUAUUAAGUAAAAUCAUGAUAAAGCAAUUAAUAAACAGUUUAUACAAUGUUUUUUUGGUAAGAAAAACAUGUGAAGAGCCACUUCAUUAGUGUUUUAUCAAAAAACAUUGAAAUGGAUGUUGAUUUUUGGCAACCAUAUGACAAUAUAAUUUUUUUGUUAGGGUCUUGGGGGGGCUCAGCUUGUCUUUGAAACAAGUCGGGGGGGCUCCAAGGGAAAAUGGUUGGGAACCACUGGUCUAGAUGGAGCAUUUCACCAGGAUUGUGGACCUGUCAUGAUAAAAAAAAAUAUACUAAUAAUUACAUUAACUGACUUGUUAUUCUGGAACUGACUACAAAGAGAUCCUACUUAGCUGACUAAUCAUGCACAUCCCAAAUUAACAGGAGGAAUUGUCAACAGGAGUAUUUAUCUAGCACUGGCAUCCAAUGAGUGACACGCCUCUUUUGCCACCAUAGAACAAGACUGACGUCAGCUGCAAAAGGUCUACGGGGGACGAGGAUACUAGUCCAGUCAAAUACCCAAAUCAAGCUCUAACUGUAGAUCGACUUAACUGCAUGUAAACGUACUGAGUGUUUGGGGGCUCUACAUCAAACAUGGAUAUGAUUUUAUGUGUUUGUCAUCUUUGUUUUGCUUAUAACAGAUUUUAUUUGUUUGGCAUUCACAGGAGAGUGCCCACAAUCUCAUUAUCUUGCACCUGUGCAUAUCUCCAACGCACUCGUAAGCCAUUGCAUGUUGGGAACGAAGGCUGCGUGGGCUAAUAGAAAACUUAACCUUAUCUUUGGUUGUUAGGACAUAGAAUACAGACUAGUAUAUAUGAACACUUGAGCAUUUCACACACCUGGAUGAUCAGGGGACUCUCCUUGACAUGCUAUUCACUGUAUAUCAGUUUACAAAGCAAUGUCCAUAUCCAAUAUCAGACCUUUUUUUAUUACUGUGGUGAACGGAAGUGAAGUCAACUCUUUAAAUCAGAUACGCUUCCUUCCUCAUGUGGAAACAUUGGGAUUUUAUCACAGCUGAAGCCGAUUUCACUGCUGUUCGUGGGAUAUCAUGACUUAUUUGUGCCACAGGACUGUUACUGUUGGCAGAUAUGCUGCAAUAUAAGAAGAGAACACAAAACCUACACUACACAUCACUUAAUAGCAGUGUUAAUACUUUACCCUUGAACAAGAUGCCUUUUUCUUUUCUUUUUCUCUGUAUUUAAGUUUUAUUUUUCUGCUCUGAUUGUUUUUGAGGUAGUCAUAUCUGUGUAUCCCACUGGAACCUGAGAUUUUUACUUUUUUUAAUGCUUUUAUACAGCGGGUCCCCAAGCAAACAAAAUGCAAAGUGCUUCAUGAGUAACUUUCAUCAAACGGGAACGUUUAUUUAGCGGGCAGUCAAAACAAACAGCCUUUGGGACAACUGUAAAAAAGGGGCAGCACAGAAACACUAGAGGUUCUAUUUAUGACUUGGUAUGAGCUGUGAAUAAGAAAAAAACAAAAGUUACAUAAUUUUAAGGGUUGUUGUUUUAGUUGGUGUGAGAUAAGUUUGACAUGAUUGUAUUGAUAUUUAUUAACAUGUGUGCAGCUGUAUUAUAUGUAAAGAAAUGAAUCCUAAUUUUUAAACUGUUCUGUUCACACAUGACUUGUAAUGUAAAUGCUUCAUGUAGCUGAAAUGCAUAGGGGUGUUGGAUGUAUGCUGCAAACGGCAAUAAAACAAUGCAGUUCUUUUA